GUGGCCGUGAUCCGAUCGCGUAGUCUUAUCUGGUUCGACUCUCCCGUCUGGGAGCUGCCGCCUCAGCCGACUCUCACCUGGGCCGUGGACUCCAGUGGGCCCAACGUCCAGCGGCCCUGUGGCGCCGGCUGUCGCUUCCGAGUCCGGCUGAGUGUCGCGGUGCGCGGGAGGCCCUACCUGUCGGCCGCCUCCGACGCCAGUCAGACCGUCAGUUUGCUGCUUCGAGUCGACCUCGACUCAGCCCUGCUCGACGGCCGGGCUCGACGGCUGCUCGAGGUCGGCGCACGAGCGAGCCAGUCGGUCGGAGGCGGACUCUUUUCGCGUCGGGUUCGAGUCCCGCUACGGCCGGAGGCGACUCGGGACGGGGCGGACGACGCCCGACGCAUCGUCCUCUUCGAGGCGACGGUAGAGCCCGACUUCGAGGCCGUGCGCGACAACCUCUGGCAGCCGCUGGUUCUGCACGCUCGCCUCGAGCCCGAGGCGGAGCCGAUGCCCGACGUCGUGACUGGUCUGGCUCUGGAGACGGCCGCCUGGAGUCUGCAUCCCUUCCUGGGCGGCCGCAACUUCACCAGCCGAGCCCUGCAGUUCGCCAACCCGGCCUGCGGUAGGGACAGCCGCUGUAUGGCCGAUUUGCAGGUCCGCAUGAUGGCCUCCAUGCUGCCGGACGCCAGUUUCCCAGGACCUUCAGCUCGGGAUCCACGACUCGUCUACUUCCGCGACUGGAACACUCUGCGCAACCUGACCAUCGGCGUCGGGAACCUGGGCGAGAACGCCUACGAGGCACGCCUGCGAGUCACCUUUCCGCGACAGCUCAGCUUCACCAUUCCCAUCUCGCUACACUGUGAUGCACGCAUUCUACCCGUUACCAUGGUGAGUGGGCACAGAGAGCGGAGAAUAUCUCGCUUAGGUUCAUCUUUGGUCUAA